CACACACUUACACAAUUUCUCCCUCUAAUUUCCCCCUUAAUAGUGCUCGUAAUCAUCACAUAUACACUCAAAAAGAACAAAGUUAAAUAACCAACUUGUUUCACCCACCCACCAAACCAAAAGAAAUUCAUACAAAAUUCGACCGCUUUAUCUAAAGUCUCACAUAAUUUACUUAUACUUACAUUUUUAAUUAGUAUUUUAUUUUCUUUCCAAAUUUUUGUGCAUAGUUUUGCUUUCCCUACCUUUCAAAUACCCCUCCCAUCCACUUUAUAUCCAUAUUGAACGGCCUCAUUUUCAAAGAUAUUUCCUCAUCAGCUUCUCUCUCUCUCUCUCUCUCUCUCUCUCUCAAUAUGAAAUCCAUAGAAGUAUUCUGCGCCUCCCCAGCUUCAACAGCUAUAUGCUCAAGCACGGACCAGCGCGCCAUAAUCCGGCACGGAAUGAGGUCGGUCCACCGCCUCGGUGAAACACCGAGGAGCAGACGAUCAAACGCCGCUCCUUGCUCGUCGCAUCUCCCCUUCGAACCUUCCAGAAAGUCUGCCAAAGACGCCGAUAUUUUGCGACGAAAGAGCUCCGCCGACGUCCACGAUUUAGCCACCCGCCGCCUGCUCAGCAACAAGCCUUUCCUGGAUUUCAUCUCGGAUUCUCAAACCGCCCUGAUUCCUAGCCAGACUCUCCUCAGAGAUAGCAACUGCGAUGAUAAGCGCUUGAAUCUGGACGCUUUUCCGGCCAUGAGGUCUCUCUCCGCCCGCCCUCACGAAUCGCCCGUGUUUAAGCCUUCCUCCACCGCCGGGAAACUGAUCGAUCAUCUCAAUGCUCACAGAUCUUCCUUCACUCCAUCAAAUCGCCAUCAGGUUGUUGAGUUGAGAGUUUCGAUUCAUUGCAAGGGUUGUGAAGGAAAACUCAGAAAACAUAUUUCCAGAAUGGAAGGAGUGACAUCAUUUAGCAUAGAUUUGGAGACGAAAAAAGUGACGGUAAUUGGGAGGGUGACGCCUCUAGGUGUGCUGAGUAGCAUUUCCAAGGUGAAGAAUGCCCAAUUUUGGCCAUCUCCGGCGUCUUCGUCAUCGUCGUCGUCACCGUCACCGUUACCAUCACCGAGAGUUACUACUCUCAUGUCUCCCAGAGUCAGUCUCACAAGAUAGAUUAAUAUUAAUUUAAAUUAAUCUGUACUAGGGUUUAUGUUCAGGACUCCCAUAUUUUAUUUCACUAAAAUAAUUGUCGAUGUGUUUUUCAUUUUCUUUCCUCCUUUCAUCUUUGACUGGAAUUACAUCAUAAAUUGGGUUGUAUUGUAAUGUGUGUGACUGUGUGUAUAUAGCAAAAAGCGUAUGAUUAAUUGCGUAUUUAAUUUAUGCAUUUCAA